ACAAGUGUUUUGUUUUUGGAAUUAUAAUUGAAUAUUAAAUAGCGACAUCAGUUGUUCAAGAUAUGCCAGACACAACAACUACUACAAAAACUGCGGGGGAUGCAGGGAGCCCGGGUGGGGCGUCAACAACACAAAAAUGGAUUGUGUGCCGCGUGUGUCUGCAGCAGCCGAAGGAGCCAAUGUCCAGCAUAUUCAAUGAUGAUGCCAAAAAGGACAUGACCAAUAUGAUUUUAGAAUGUGGCGGAGUGCCUAUCAAAAAGUUUGAUCAUUAUCCAGAUAAAAUAUGUGACAAAUGCCACAAAGGAUUGCAGGCGGCAUUUAAAUUUCGACGCACCUGCCAGCGUUCUUACAAGCAUCUCAGUCAGUUCAUAGCACCUGUGGAAGUUGAGACAGAAUCGUCAGAUCAGACCAAAAAUGAUUUGGACGACACAGCCAUGGAAGAAGAUGACGAUGAGUUGGAGGAACAGCAGCUGCACCAGCAAGAGCGCGAUUGUGAGGGUGAAGCGAACCAUGAGGUGCAGGGGGUGGUAGAAGUAGAGGAAGAAUCCGCCAAUUUGUUGAUGGAAAUGCCCAAAGAAGACAUGGUUCAGGUUAAGAGUGAACAGGUGGAAGAGGAUGGCAUCAUUGAGGAGCUCUACGAUGUCUAUGAGACCUUUGACGCCGACGGUGACAUUAUAACGGAGCAAGCUGCCUUUGAGCAACAGCAACAGGAUUCACUUUCUGGCCUUUCAGCAGCAGAUAUCGAGUAUUUAGAUCAAGUGGAUCACCUCACUGAAAGUGCACAAGAGAGCGUUCGCGAACAGCAACACCACCAACAGUUGGACGAUGAUCAGCAGGAACAGGACGAGGAAUUGCUUGAGCCAGCCGGCGUAGAUGAGGAGUUUAUAACUAUUAAGACCCGCUCAGCGGCAUUAGGAAGGCGUCGCGCCCCACAACGACUUCAGGACACAAGCAGAGCUUCAAGCAUACGCACGAGUCAGGGGAUUAAGACAAGAGGCGGUCACAAAAUACUUGUGGGCGAUAAAAAGAUAUUUAAAUACAUUUGUGAUGUUUGCGGCAAUAUGUAUCCGUCACAGAGUCGUCUCACAGAGCACAUCAAAGUCCAUUCGGGUGUCAAGCCGCAUGAAUGCGAAAUCUGUGGACAUUGCUUUGCCCAAGCGCAGCAGUUGGCUCGUCACAUGAACACCCAUACCGGAAAUCGUCCAUAUAAAUGUAGCUAUUGCCCGGCAGCAUUCGCAGAUCUUUCUACACGCAACAAGCAUCAUCGUAUUCACACCAAUGAGCGACCCUAUGAGUGUGAUGUCUGCCACAAGACAUUCACCUAUACAAAUACUUUGAAGUUUCACAAGAUGAUCCAUACCGGUGAAAAGCCGCAUGUUUGCGAUAUCUGUGGAAAAGGUUUCCCCCAGGCGUACAAAUUGCGCAAUCAUCGUGUGAUUCAUGAAAGGCGUGGAGUAACUAGUUCAAGAGAUCUUCAUCAAACGGAUUUGGCCUACGAAAUGGGCACCAGUCCAGUGGGCUUGGAAAUGUAGAAUAAAUUAACCAGGAAAACAAAUCGUUUUUCACAUUUAAUUAAAAAAAAUAAUUGCUAAUUACAUACAUCCACAUAAAUAUACAUAUUUAUGUGCAUAUAUAUAUAUAUUUCGAUCUUUAAAUGCUUAAGUUUUAGACUAAUUGUGUGGAAAUAAAUUAAGUAUAGCAGCACAAA